CUUGGCUGAUGGAGGAGACUUUCUUGUCGAUUUUGCAUUCGACUGGCAGACCUAUUGGUCACUCAAAAAUUCAGUCGUUAAUGUAACGGGGCACCAGUGUCAAGGCAAGCCAUGAGGGGGCACAGCACGCUAGUUUUGUUGUUCUUUCUGUUUUGUUGCGAGAUCGCAUCGGCAGCUCCUAUAAGCCAACGUGACGGGAGAGAUGUCGUUUUUGUUCCUGCAAGAUACAUUCCUUUCCCAUUGGACCCAGCCUACUUGAAGGGGCCUUUAUCGUUCAUAGGCGACUGGAUCAACGGCUCUGAAUGGUUUCCGGUGGAACUAAACGUUCCCGAUUCGUUUGCAGCCAUCGGUAAUGGAAUACAGGGUUUCGGGAACGGCAUUGGGACCUUUGCUCAAGGUGUGGGCUCGAACUUCGGAAACUUUGCCCAAAAUUUGGGCAACAACUGGAACAACUUCGCCCUAAAUGUGGGCAACAGGUUCCACAACAUCACGCAGAAAUUGCCGGUUCUGAACAACUUCUACCACAGGCCGAUUGCCAUGGCACAGAACACCAGGUUCGGUACCAAGUAUGUCGUGGUGAUGCCCAAAAGUGAAGAUAAACUGCAAAAUGAAUUAAAAUUUGAUCCCUUUGAAGGAGAGGAUGAUUUUACAAGUUUUCCCUAAUAAAUUAUUUAUUUUGUUAUCA